AUGGCCGAAGUGGAGCGUUACUUUGAAGAUUUUGUAAAUCUUCCCUGUGUGUUGCUGAGGACUCUGGGUUAUGAUUUCCUGGAUUUAUCCCGUCCAAGACUUACCCGAUGGCUUAUGAGGCUGUACUUCUUUCUAACACUGAUCUGCUGUUUGUAUUGUACAUAUUUUGUGGCCGAUGAAACUUUGGCGGAAAUCGUAAACGGAGCCAAUAAUUUACCCUUGCUCAUCCGCCUCAUCAAUGACUUCAAUUACAAUGCCAUUGGAAUAUUGAAAAGUUUCUAUUUCCUUCGGAAUAUUAAAGCCCAUAAAAUGCUGUAUAAGAAAUUCCGUGAAAUUUUCCCCACCUCCAUUGAGGAUCGUUUUGCCUAUCGGGUGAAUGAGAGCUAUUGGCCCAAAUGGAUUACAACAAUUUUGUAUUUAUAUUUCUGUGCCACAGCCUUGAUCCUGUUUUCACCACUGGUGGAGACCAUUUUGGAAUAUUUUGUGGCCUUGGUAAAGGUGGGCUACGCCAAUGCCGAAUUUGGUUAUCAUAAACUGUAUGAGGAACAAUCUUAUGUCGUUGAUCAUCGUAAUCCAUUGGGCUAUGUGGUGAUUUAUUCCAUGGAGGUUAUGAACAGUCAUUAUGCGAUUGUCUUCAAUAUUUGUCCUGACAUUUGGCUCGUGGCCUAUGCCAUUCAGUUGUGCAUGCAUUUCGAUUAUAUUAUUAGGAAUUUGGAAGAAUAUGAACCCAUGGAGGGAAGAUCCGCAAAGGAUAUGAAGAUUAUGGCCGAGUUGGUGCGGAAACAUCAGAUUUUAUUGGAGUAA